ACUUAAAAGCGAGUUUUAUUUUAUAAGCACCUAAGGCAGAGAAAAAGAAGAGUUAUUAUCAUUCCAAACAAAAGAAGGUAAAGAAAAAAGAGUGAUUUGUAGAGAGCAAUGGCAACACCAAAAAGAUCAUAUGAUCAACAACAACAACAAAUUGUGCAACAAGUGAAGAACUCAGGAAUGAUUAACAUUCAAAGUCCAAGAAGAGAUGAGAGAGAAGAGGAAAUGUCAAGAUCAGUUCUAGCAAUGUUUAGAGCAAAGGAAGAAGAAAUUGAGAGGAGAAAGUUGGAGGUUAGAGAUAAAGUUCAUGCUCAUCUCGGUCGAGUCGAAAAGGAAACUAAGAGGUUGGCUGAGAUUAGAGAAGAGAUAGAGGGUUUCACAGAUCCAAUGAGGAAAGAUGUUGCAAUGGUUAGAAAGAAGAUUGAUAUGGUGAACAAAGAGUUGAAGCCAUUGGGUCAAACAUGCCAGAAAAAGGAGAGAGAAUACAAUGAAGCUCUUGAGGCUUUCAAUGAGAAAAACAAAGAAAAGGCUCAACUUGUUACUAAAUUAGUAGAGCUUGUGACUGAAAGUGAGAGGGUGAGGAUGAAGAAGCUGGAGGAGCUAAGCAAAAACAUAGAUAUUCUUCAUUGAGGAUAUAUGCUAGUGACUGUAACAUUGUGGGUUCAGUGUGCUAUUAAAUAGAAUUCUUAUCAUUUUAUUUUGAAGAGUUUGUGAUUUCAAUGUAUUUUAAUUUUGCUGACUUAGGGGAAAAUGUAAAAUAAAGUGUGCAUUAAACAUCUUAUCACAACUGCAAUAUUUUUUCUAAUUUUUUUUAUCGAGGAUGUUUGACUCUUUGCUACUAUCAUGGU